AUGGACAGUGCUGACGACGGCGAGCAAGGACUGCAAUGGCUCCGACCCUGCUCAUCCCUAGGAUCCCCAAAAUCGUCGGGCUUAUCCAAUGCCUUUGCCGUCCCCACCCACAAAGACCAGACCGGCGCUCAAGUCGUUGUCAUGCAGAACAUCCUGGAGUUCACAACUCACUACGUUGCUAAUGGCAAGCAGUUGGUGCCGUUCGUCACAGACGACAGCCAUCGGUACUCAGAGGUUGUAUUCAAGCAGCCCGUUCGGUCUUCUGCGGCAGAAGUAGUCAGUGUCGACAGCCGCCCUCUGCAGUUUGUCCGAGCCCUCCCCUUCCGGGGAUCACUAGAUGCCUCAGAGAGCAUCGGUAUCCUUGCUCGCUUCGAUAACGCAACCGGGGAAUGGAUUGUUCUAUGGAUGGAUAUCCUACUGAUCUUCAAGAACGCCCAUUACUCCAUGGAAGGCUCUGUGCUGGUGCCAUUCCUUACAGACUGUAACUUAGAAAUGCAUAUCGACAACUACAUUGUAGAAGCAGAUCGCCACGCAAAGUACAGAGCUAGUCGCGACCUUUGGAUACCUGCUUACACCUCUUCCACUAUGGAACUUGUAGGCUCGAUCCAAGAAGAUUCAAAUACCAACCUGGCACUGAGAUCGACACUAUCCUAA